AUGAGUACCAAAGCCAACGCGACUGGAAGCCAAAGUGAGCCGUUUGGCGCAGUCUAUAUAGUUGAGCCAAUUGAAUCGCACACUCACACAGCAAUUCUCCUCCACGGCAGGGGAAGCAACGGUGAGGAGUUUGCCCAAGAGCUCUUCGAAGAGACUUUAUUAUCGGACCAAUCCAGCCUCGCGCAGCAACUACCCAGUUGGCGAUGGGUGUUUCCUUCUUCGCGCGAGUUAUGGAGCACGGCUUUCCAAGAAGACAUGCCCGCGUGGUUUGAGGCGCAUUCUUUGACAGACAUCACGGCUCGGCAAGACCUUCAGAUUCCAGGUAUCAAGGAAUCAGUCAGCUACAUCAAGACGAUUCUAGACCAGGAAAGUCAAAAUCUUGGUGGAGAUAUGUCAAAGAUUGUUCUAGGUGGGAUCAGUCAGGGCGCUGCAGUGGGAAUGUGGACACUGCUUUGCCGGGACACUAUCGAAAGACCAAUCGGCGCAUUCUUCGCUACGAAUACUUGGCUUCCCUUUGCUCCCAGCAUCGAGCAAUAUCUGUCAAAUGAACCAACGUCACCUAUGGAUACAGGAACUGAGUUUGUCGCUGAGAUGUUGGCUCAGUCAAAUGUCUCACUUCCUCAAGCUCAAGAAAGGCUCCCGUCAACGAAUGUUUUUCUUGGCCAUGGAACCGACGAUGCGUAUGUUGAUGUCGAAUUGGGAAGAAAGGCGCGAGACAUCAUUCUCCAAGCUGGGUUUACGGUUGAGUGGAGGGAAUAUCAGGGAGCAGAAUUAGAGGGACAUUGGUUCAAAGCACCGGAAGAAGUUGACGAUAUUCUCAACUUUCUGGUGACGCACGUGGAGAAACCGUAA